AAACUUUUCCUUGAAAUUGCUGAAGGUGCCUGAAAAAGUGAAAGGGUUAAUUUGGACUAUGAUAGAUCAGCACGAAUGUUAAGUGGCUGUGUAAAAUGAAGAUGUCUGCAGGCGACAGCCAGGAGUCAGGCAGCCCACCGCCGAGUCCGACUGACUCCGCGACAUCCGAAUCUCCGCCCACCUUAGUCCAUAUCAAACAGGAAACUAUGCCGCCCGGCGUAGACGUUAAAGACUAUUACAGCACACUCGACUGCCGCUUAUCAGACACCUAUCUCUCACCAACCUUCUCAGAAUUUGGACGAGGCUAUCUACCCGGCAAUUUAGAAUUGCCAAAAUACGACUCCAAGUAUUUAAGAGAUAAAGAGAGAGGUACUAAAAACUAUGACAGUGUCGACAGUGAGUUCAAUUUACCGAUAGAACUUGUAAUAAAAAAUGGCGGAGUAUUCGCUAGAGUUAACAUCCCGAGCGGGACGAAGUACGGACCUUUCAUUGGCAAGUGGACGACGGAGUCAGAACCUUUGGAUACACGAUACGCAUGGGAGGUCCUCGGCAAGAAUGGCAUCCGUGGCUGGCUAGAUGGCAGCACAGAGAAGUCCAACUGGCUGAAACUGGUUCGAUCCACCAACUACCCUCAGGAUGUCAACGUACAACAUUUACUACUGGCUGGACAAGUGUGGUACAAGGUGACGCGAGACAUCGUGUCCGGUCAAGAGCUCCUCCUAGGGCCCCGGACGCCCCUACCACUGCAAGAUGUGCAAGCAGCUGCCGGUCGCCAGCCGUCCAGCGUGAACUCGCCAGGCGUGUCCCUGCCACUGAACGAAGACGAAGAGCGAGAGGACACGGAACCACGGUGCUCCUUCUGCGACGCACCCUUCCCUAACAUUGACGCCCUCGACCGCCACCUGAUCCAGUCGCACGCGCAGCCGGCGGCAGCGUUCCACUGCGAGCUUUGUAACCGCGCGUACAGCUCCCGCCCGCUGCUGCUGCGUCAUCGUGCGCUCGCGCACACGGACAUCAGGAAAUACCCCUGCGAGAACUGUCCUAAGGUAUUUACCGAUCCUUCCAACCUCCAGCGCCACAUCCGCGCGCAGCACGUCGGCGCCCGCAGCCACGCGUGCCCGGAGUGUGGGAAGACCUUCGCCACCUCCUCGGGCCUGAAGCAGCACACGCAUAUACACUCCAGCGUCAAGCCCUUCCAGUGCAAGGUGUGCUUUAAGUCGUACACACAGUUUUCCAACUUGUGCAGACACAAGCGGAUGCACGUCGCGUGCAGAGCCCUAGUCGAGUGCGGGAAAUGUGGCAACUCCUUCAACUCUUACGCUUCUCUCACUAAACACAAGAGAUUCUGCGACACCGCCAGCGCCGCCAACGUUGGAAUGCGGGGACAAAUGCCACAAGGACUGCCCCAAAUGCCAUCCCUACCCAACAUCGGAAUGAAUACCCCCGGCAAUCCUAACCCGUUCCCUAUGUACAGAGGACCUUUACCGCUCCCGUACAACACAUUUGCUCAGUAUCCAGGACUCUUCUCUGCGGCAGCUGCAGCUGCAUGUCCUCCAGAGUUUUUAAACCCACUGCUCUUCAAUGUUCAAGGCGCAAGACUUGCCAUGGAACAUGACUUUGCUCUAACAAACGCUAGUUUAUUGUCAAAACACCAGGAAGGUCGAAGCAUGUCCGUUAAAAGCGUGGAUAGUUCAAAUUCUGUUGAUGAUAUGAUGAAGAAGAAUAAGGAUAUGGAUUAUGAAUCUAUUAAGCGCGAAAGCGAUACAGGUGAUCGGACUACGCCUACUAAGGCGCAUGGAUUAACUGUAAAGCAAUCACCUCCUUCAGUCGAAGAAGUCACAAGCCAGCAGCGUCCAUCAUCUGUGUUGAGCAUGUCAACUCCUAUGAAUCCAUUCAACUUUGCGAGAGAUGACAUAAAACAGCGGAAAUCACCAUUCAAUUUUUCAUCAAAGCUCAAUAACAACACCAUUCAAGGACACAAGUCUCACUCUCCGUUUCCUACAGAUUUGUCUAAGAAUGAUGCGAAUGAUGAUGAAAAGAAUUCAGAAUACUCCGAUCCGGAAGUAGAAGUAAAGAAAGACGACGGCGAUCAGCCUUUAGACUUAUCAGUCUCUCGGAAGCAAAGCGAUAAAGAUUCCGAAGCCGAUAUGGACGAUCGUUCCUUUCGCAACUCAUCUGUCAAAUCAUAUUCUCCCCCCGAAAGUCCAAUGGAGCGCGAUAGCAAAACUCCCGAAAACGACACCGCAGAUAUCGAUGUAGAGGGAGUAGAGCCCAAACGUGAAGACACGCCCCCUCAGCUGGUUUCACCGCCACUAGCAUUUCCAAUGCCCGUACACCCUCAGCAUAACAACAGUCUCAUCGACGCUAUGUAUCGCCCCAGAUUUCCGUCCUUCCAUUCAGCAUCUGACUCGAUUCUGAAUUCUUCACCCUACGUCCCGACCCCGUUUAAUUUUUUAUCCCCACUCCUUGGUACGGACGGCCCCGAUAGGCAACCGAGCGCAUAUGCAAAAUUUCGCGAACUCAGCGCCGGCUCAGGGAAGCUCCGCGAUCGCUACGCUUGCAAGUUUUGCGGGAAGGUAUUUCCACGCAGCGCGAAUCUGACGCGCCACCUUCGUACCCACACUGGGGAGCAGCCGUACAAAUGUAAGUACUGCGAGCGUUCUUUCUCGAUAUCAUCGAACCUACAGCGGCAUGUGAGGAACAUACACAAUAAAGAGAGACCGUUCAGAUGUCCAUUGUGUGAUAGGUGUUUCGGCCAGCAAACGAAUUUGGACCGGCACCUGAAGAAGCACGAAGCCGAGGGUGGGGACUCGCCGAGCUCUGCAGACACUGAGCGCGAGGAUGCGUACUUCGAUGACAUCAGGUCGUUCAUGGGCAAGGUGACAUGCUCGCCGGGAGCGCGCUCCCCGCCCGCCUCGUCCCCUCACGCGCCGCACGCGCCACACCGACCUUCCGUGCUCGCCAUCUCCACAUAGCCGCCGGUAUACCCGCUUCCGCCUCCGCCGCCGCUGUGGCCGCAGCCGUUCGAAUAGCCUCGGGAACUGCUUGUAUGGCGCCUGUUCGAGUCGAGCUCGAGACGAGCGCGGGUGUUCGAGUACGUAGCUAUUGACGUCUCUCUAUAUAGACCACUGAAAACGACAAAGAAUGUAUUAUUAAUUUAUAAGACAAUUCUCGUAAUUAUGUUUGGAAUUCAUCCAUGUGUAUUAUUUUAUGAUUCUUGAGUAAUUUCAGAAAAUAGCUUUCUUGUAUUCGUGAAAGAAGACUCUUUAACUUAUUCAAAGAUAAACAGGACAUGUCAAGAUGUUAAAGGGCAUUUUCAGAAUUUG